AUGCCUCCGCUCGUGUCCCACGUCUCCGCCCUCGCUUCCUCGCUCUUCCGCUUUUUCUCCUGGCUGUUCCUGCGCAUAAUCCCCGCACGGUGGAACGAGAUCCUCCUGCCUACACUCUAUCUCACAUACUUGCUCCCCGCGCUCUUCGCAUCCACUUCGCGCGCUUCCGCAUGCGACGAGACCAAAAACGACAAGGGCGAUAGCAAGGGCGACAAACAUGCGAAGCCUCCCGUUCCUUCGCCCCCCAAAAGUUUAGACACAUUCUGGGACGUCCUCUUCUCAUUCCCGUCCUCUAAACGCUCCAAGCUUCUCAACUUCGCCGUCAACACCACCAUUCUCUUCGCCGUCGCCGAGUUUGCCCUUCACCCCAUCUUCGACACCGCCUCACACGUUGCCUUCACCCGUGUAGGAGCAAUCUACCCCGAUGCAGCGAAGCUAUUCGUUCGAUACCCCCGGCCCGAUCAUGCUACCGAUGGUAGCGAGGAAUCCCCGCACUCCGUUCGCAUUCUCUGGCGAAGAGCCUCCGAUACCGGCGAACGCUCAGCCGCCCCAGACGUGUGGACUGACGGUCCCAUUAUUAGCUUGACGUCUGCUCACGACUGGGCGAACACAACGAAGCUGAACGAUCUAUGGCCCAGCACAGAAUAUGAAUACAUAUUAGUCGACGUGAAUAAAGGAUUGAUUCCGGCUAUUUCUGCAAAGCCCAUCCGAUUUAGGACGUUCCCCGAUUCUCGUUUGCCAGGCGGCUCCCGCUUCCGUUUCGUCGUGUCUUCUUGCGUUACUCCUAACUUCCCCUAUAGGCCGUUCCAUGGCCGCACAAUCAAGGGAUUCGAUCUGCUGGCUAAUUAUCUGGCCUUAGAGAAGUUUCCUGCAGCGGAGACUGUGGUGGAACUGCCAUCCACCGACUCUGCAGACUUUGAAAGCCUCAAUGACUCGUCGUCAGAUCCACUGGGGCUCAACAACAUCGUUCAGCUGGAGGCGAACUCGACCAGGGUUUCCCGGGGCUCAGCGAAUUCGACAACACGAGUGCGCUCUCCGCGCACCGAAUUCUUGAUGUUCCUGGGCGAUUUCAUCUACGCAGAUGUGCCUGUGUAUUUUGGCGAAGAUAAGGAGGCUUACCGCCGGCUCUAUCGACGGAACUACCAGAGCCCGAGCUUCAGAAAGGUCUACGAGCAGCUUCCGAUUUUCCACACGUACGAUGACCACGAGAUCGUCGAUAAUUUCGCAGGGCAGGCUAAUGACUCGCUCACGCCUUUCCCUAGCGCCUCGGACGCGUUCCGCAUCUAUAACGCCGACGUCAACUUUGACCCUAUAGAGAAGGAGCAAUUCUAUUACGAUUUUAGGUACGGGGACGCUGCGUUCUUUGUGAUGGACACGCGGCGGUAUCGGUCCGAUGUAAAGACAGAAGGGGAGACGACGCGAACGAUGCUCGGGGACAAGCAGUUGAGCGCACUGCACAAAUGGCUCGGGGAGGCGAACAACACCGCGACGUUCAAAUUUAUCGUCUCCUCGGUCCCGUUCACCUCACUAUGGACGCACGACGCGCAGGUAGACUCGUGGGCGGGCUUUGCGCUUGAAAAGGCGACGCUGCUGGACGCGCUGCACGCCGUUCCGAACGUUGUGCUCCUGUCCGGUGAUCGUCACGAGUUCGCGGCCGUCGAGUUCAACAGCGAGAGAAAGGACGGGCACCGCGUGCUCGAGAUUUCAACGAGCCCGCUGAGCAUGUUCUACAUCCCGCUCGUGCGGACGCUGCGUCUACAGAGCGAAAACACGGUGCAGAGGAGCGCCGUCGUGGAGAAGAACGCAGAUGGGGUCGACGUGAAGGUCGAGGUCGAGGUCGAGAUCCCGCAGGAGAGGGUGCUCAAGUAUCUUCCUCUCGGAAACCACAAAUGGUCUGCCAUCGAGAUCGAUACCCGGGAUCCUGAGUCCCCGACGGCGACGCUGGAGGUGUGGAUAGAUGGCGCUGUUUCCUAUAACAUGACUGUCAAGGGCAAGCCGGUGCACAUCAAAGCCUCGACAUCGUUAGGCGCAUUCGUGCCGGAUGGGCUCAAGGGACUCCUCGACAAAGUCGGGCUCACGCCGAACCGAUGGUUCUAAGUAGAGUGUCUGCGACGACUCGACGACGAUUUCGCCUUGUGGCGCAUCCUAUUAUAGAAAUUCAUGCUCCUGGUUUGAGGAGCAUACGGGCUUUCGUACCAUCUAAAUGAUAGAAGAAUAUUAUGUAGUGUAUGGUGUAUAUAUAUAUAUCACAUCUAGCUAUUCAGUUUACGCAGAUAAAGUGAUUUCUUGGUCU